AUGAAUACACUCAGAUAUUGCUUCUUCGCUGUACUGAUUCUCAGUGUUUCACUUCCAUUUGUUUUCUAUGCUGUUAAUUUAAAUGCACAAGAAUCUCUUAGGAGGCUGAACUUCUCGGUGAGUUCAACUUUAGCAGAAGCCUGUAAAGCACUUCUUGAAGACAAGGCAUCCUUUCUGAAGGAGAACACUUUAAAAACAUCUUUUGGAGAAUCCAGUUGCCCGGAGUACAUCACGCAGAACCACUACAUCACCCGCGCCCUCUCGGCCGAGGAGGCUGCCUUCCCCAUCGCCUACAUCAUGACCCUGCACAAGGAGUUUGAGACCUUCGAGCGGCUCUUCAGAGCGGUCUAUAUGCCCCAAAAUGUCUACUGCAUCCACGUGGAUGCCAAGGCGCCGGCCCCAUUCCAGCGGGCGGUGCAGCGCCUGGUGGGCUGCUUCCCCAACGCCUUCCUCGCCUCCCGGGCGGAGCGGGUGGUCUAUGGUGGCGCCCCCCGCCUGCGGGCCGACCUCCACUGCAUGAGAGACCUGCUGGGCUCGGCCGUGCCCUGGCGCUACCUGCUCAACACCUGCGGUCAGGACUUCCCCUUGAAGACAAACCGGGAGAUCGUCCGGCUGCUGAAGGGUCUUGGGGGGAAGAACAUCACCCCCGGGGUGCUGCCACCUCCCCACAUCACCACACGCACCAAAUACGUGCACAGGGAGCAAUUAUACUCUUUCUUUUCUUUCAUGCUGCGGACAUUUGUGCGCAAAGCACCUCCGCCACACAACCUGACCAUCUUCUUUGGCUCCGCAUACGUGGCCAUCGCCCGGCCUUUUGCUGAGUUUGUGCUGCGGGACCAGCGUGCCAUUGACCUGCUGGCCUGGUCCGAGGACACCUACAGCCCUGACGAGCACUUCUGGGUGACGCUCAACAGGAUUCCGGGUGUCCCAGGGUCCAUGCCUAAUGCAUCAUGGGAAGGUGACCUGAAAGCAGUGAAGUGGAUUGAUAUGGAAGAGAGCCAUGGAGGUUGUCAUGGCCAUUAUGUCAGAGGCAUUUGUGUAUAUGGAACAGGUGAUCUCAAGUGGCUUUUCAACUCCACCUGUAUGUUUGCAAAUAAGUUUGAGCUCAAUACAUACCCUCUGACGGUGGAGUGCCUGGAGCUGAGACAUCGGCAGAGAACCUUGUCCCAGAGUGAGGUUCAGGUAGAACCCAGUUGGUAUUUUUAG